CAAUCACAAUCACAUACCAUUUGGGGCAUCUGGCGUCAAAAACUCGCAUUACGUGUCGUAAGUCCAAUUCACAGCUGAUCAGGUAGGCACGUGUCUCAUGUUUACGAAACGCGGCCGCGCUGUUAAAAUGGCGACGUCCAUGCGGCACGUUUACGCGGGAACGAUAGCACUUUAGAUUGAUGCGUAUAAGAGAUAUACGUAAAGUCACUUCGAGUACAUACAUUAUACGCAAACAUGAAGAAACGUCAGCUGUCGCAGUCGUCGCAGAGGAAGAUUUCUGCCGCUGGUAUUAAUAAAUCUCAGACAAAGAUAUCGUCGUUUUUUACAAAAGUUCCCAAGGUUGCGGUAGAUAACGAAAAGAUAUCAGAUAUAAACUCUUCAACUCAAGCCUCGAUUGAAAGGAAAAGGAAGGAAAGAGAUAAUACGUUUGACGAAGAAUCCUAUUUGAACGUUAAGAAGAAAUGUAAUAUGAACGAAGAUCCAUUGAAAGAACACUGUGUUGCAAAGACAGGAAAUUCCGACACUCAUGAGAACUCAGUAUUAUUAUCUGUAGUGAAAGGUUUGGACGAUCCGUGUAGUAAUUUUAAGGAAAAUAAAGGAACAUGCAAUGGGGAUGCGGCACUUCAGAAAGUUAAUAAGAAGGAGGGAGAUGCGGCGAAAAACGAGCAAUGUGUAAAUUGUUCACAAAACUCUGUCAGUAUUAAAAACAUAAAUGUUUCAGAUAUUACUCAUAGUAACGGUCAUGUUCUUAAAGAAACGCAAGAGUUAAAUACCGCUGCUUUGAAGUCGUCCCUGUCCGCCGUGGAACCGUCUAGGCAUGAAAAAGCUAAGCUACACGAUUUAAAGGUGGAAUCUUCCGACGACUUUUCCGUGAUGAUGAACGGGGACGAGCUCGACGGCUUCUUCGAUCAGGAGUGGCACGCGCAGAUUGAUUUCACCACGUUGCAGAGAUGUAAGAUAACUGAUGUCAAGCACGAAUCGAGAGUUACUGUUUUAACGGUGCAGCACUUGGAGUCUGAAAGUAUCGACACUGUUGCAUGUUCAGGAUUUUGGAAGGAUGCACAAAUGAAGAUUAAUGAUAUUGUCACAAUACAGGCGAAGAAGGAUUCACGGCAAUGGGUUGUGGAUAACAAUAACGGCCUCCUCGUGACGCAGCCUGAUUUGCUGAUAUCGGGCACGACAAUAACGAGUGGUUUAUUUUGCAACAGGCGAGCGGUGCUGACCGAGAAGUUCAGGAAGAUAGAGUCACUGCCAAAUCUGGACGGCGAUUAUUCCGUGAUGACCGUGGGAUCUUUGGUUCAUCAAUGGCUGCAAAAGGCAUUGCGAGAAAAUAUCUGCACGCUGUCCGACGUGAUGAAACUGCGGGACGAUAUUCUGCGAUCGAAAGACACGAUAAACUAUCUCUACGCGUCGGAAUUGUCGCUCGCGGACUGUCGGAAACGCAUGACGGAGUAUGCCCCGAGAAUUUUCGAGUUCAUUCAGCAUUACAUUAAGGGUAACAAGCAGCAGCACAUAAGCAAUCUGAAGGACAACUUUCAAGGGAGCAUUGAUAGCAUACAGGACAUUGAGGAAAGCGUUUACAUACCGAAAUUAGGCAUAAAGGGCAGGAUAGACGUGACGGCAGAGGUGAACAUCAAUUCGAGAAGGAGGAUCAUGCCUCUGGAGUUGAAAACCGGGAGAGCCUCGUACUCCUUCGAGCACAGGGGCCAGGUUAUUCUCUAUCUCAUGAUGAUGGGCUUCAGGGAUCAGGAUAUCGAUACCGGACUUUUGUUGUAUCUAAAGGAGAACGAGAUGCGGGAAAUUAAAAGCGGACAUCACGAAAAGAGGGACUUGAUAUUGCUGCGCAAUACCCUGGCGCAUUAUUUCGCUAAAAAACCGGAAGACCUACAGAAUAUUAACUCGGAGCCGGACCUAAAAGCGAUGGAAUUGCCUGAGCCGAUAAACCACCACAGCGCGUGCGGCAGAUGUUCCUAUCAGGCUCUGUGCUGUGCGUAUUUGGCGAAGGACCCGAGCGCGAAUUUGUCACCGUCGCAUCCACUAACGGCGUUAAUCGAAGAGCUGCGAAACGACUUCGAGAGCAGUCAUUUGGAUUACAUUAUGAAGUGGAUCGCAUUAUUGCAACUGGAAGAAAGCCACGAGAACGGUAAUAGCAGUUUAAGCAGCGUAUGGACGACAAGUCCCGAGAAGAGGGAGGCGAGAGGGACGUGUAUCUGCAACUUGAAGACCAUCGACAGGGUGGUGAAGCGAGAUGAUAGGUACCAGCAUAAGUUUGCACGCGUCAACAUUAAGGGGGAGACGAUCGAGAACAGCGUGCUCGGCGGCACGUUUGCCGAGGACGAUUAUAUUAUUGUUAGCACGGAUGCACGAGUUAAUAUAGCCGCCGGACAUAUAAUGCACGUUUCGCAUGACAUCGUCGCAGUCCUAUUGGACAAAGAUAUUACGCGAUUGUACGCACAUUCCACGUUCCACAUCGAUAAGUUUCCCUCUUCGGGUCUGUCUACGUUCAAUUACGCGAACGUGGCCGGUCUGUUGAGCAACGACGAGACGUGCGUCAAGCUACGACGCAUCGUCAUCGAUAAAAGACCGGCUACGUUUACAGAAAAAUUGCCACGUUCGGUAGUGUCGGCCAGCACUGAGAUAAUAAGCGAUCUAAACGAGAGUCAACAGAGAGCCGUGCUGAAGGCUGUGGCCGCUCACGAGUACGUUCUGAUAAAAGGCAUGCCAGGCACCGGAAAAACGCAGACCCUGGUGGCUCUGAUAGAGUUGCUGCUAGAGUUGGGUUCCAGCGUGCUGGUUACCGCGCACACGCACAGCGCGGUGGACAAUGUUCUCCUCAAACUGCUGGAACGGAACAUCGACUUCCUGCGUCUGGGCUCGACAAAGCAGAUCCAUCCCCUGUUGACAUGCAAGAGCGAGGAAUACGCGAUCAAGAGUUGCGACUCGCCGGAGGACCUGGAGGCACUCUACAACAGCAAACGGGUCGUCGGCGUGACCUGCUACGGCGCGUAUCACGCUCUCAUUAGGAGACGCAGCUUUGACGUAUGCGUGAUCGACGAGAGCGCGCAGAUCAUGCAGCCCACGGUGCUGCGACCGUUAUACAGCGCGCGCAAGUUCGUCCUUGUCGGGGAUCCGGAUCAGCUGCCGCCCGUCAUCAAGAGCAAGACCGCAGCGAAACUCGGCGCGGACGAAUCACUAUUCGUGAGGCUGGACAGCGACGACAACACCGUCAAUCUGCGGGAGCAGUACAGAAUGAACGGGAGGAUCAUGAGGUUGGCCAACGACGCGACGUAUCGCGGCAAGCUGGUGUCGGGCAACAAGCAGGUGGAGAACGCGACGUUGAUCGGCACGAAUAUGGAGCAAGUUCUCUCGACCUGCGAGAGGUGGAUAAGAGGCGCGCUCUCCAGGCACUUGGACGAUUCGGUGAUGGUACUCAAUACCGGUAGCACUUACAACUUGAACACGGAGACUGGGAACAGAGACGUUGUGUCGAGUCAAGCGUACUCCAACGUCUGGGAAGUCGCUAUUACUUUGCGUCUCGUCCAGGCACUCACCGAAGCGGGCGUACAUGCUAGAAAUAUAGGAAUUAUCGCACCUUAUAAUGCUCAUAUAAAUUUAUUAAGAAAGACCAUAGAUAAGGAGGUGGAAGUGAAUACCGUAGAUCAGUAUCAGGGACGCGACAAGGACGUUAUAUUGUAUUCGUGCACGAAGAGUGUCGAGUACGAUACGAAGAAGGAAUUCGAGAUAUUGGACGAUCAGCGACGUUUGACGGUGGCCAUCACUCGCGCGAGGCAUAAGCUAAUCAUAAUCGCUGAUAAAAUCACAUUGCUGAAAUACACGCCGUUCAAAAAUUUGUUUGACGUCAUCGACGAGAAGAAUGUGAUAAAUCUGAUCGACGGCGAGGAAGACUUUAGCUGGAAAAGUCUUAUCAGUGAAUUGAGACUUGACAAUCGUGAUAAAGAACUUUAAGACUAAUCGAACAGUUUAGCAUUGAAAAACAGACUGAUAAAACCAUCACGUUUUGUUACGAUUUCGUAAAAUAGCAUCACGCGAUCACACCGAGUGUACAAUUAACGAAAACCUUGCGAAUAUACAAAUACGCGACAUAUCGAAAUAAUUAUAGAUAUAAGUAUGUACGAGAUUUGGUACAAAA